GGUGCAGCUGCCGCUGACUGGGAUCUCUUUAAGAAGAAGAAACCACUUUCAUCAUGAUGAUGAUGAAGAUGGCUGGUAAAGCACUUUACUGCCACUUGUGUGUGGCGUUAGCGUUAGCGCUCGCCUCGGCCUCGGCCCAGGACGGGAGGUGGAGUCGUGGCCGGUCGGACCAGAAGAGGCCUGAAGUCCAGCAUGUGGCAGAUCCUCGGCAGUCCUCCCUUGAGACUUUGUCCUGGAGGUAUCCGGAUCCCCCAGCAGAGGAGGAGCCUCGCUUCCCCGCUCACUUUGAGCUGAGUCCUCCAGAGGCGCCCGAGCGCAUCCACGUGGUCUGCGGACCGAACUUUGUCCGCGUGGAGGCCCAGAGAGACCUUCUGGGGACCGGCAGAGCUGUCCAGUCUGAGGACGUCACGCUGGGAGGAUGUCCCGUCACGAGUGAAGACUCUCAUGUUCUGGUCUUUGAGGCGGAGCUGCACACCUGUGGCAGUCAGCUGCAGAUGUCUGAGGACACAUUCAGCUACGUCUUCACGCUGCACCACACCCCCUCUCCUCGGGGACACAGUCCCAUCACCAGGACCAGAGAAGUCUCGGUCAGCAUCCAGUGUCAGUACCAGAGGACGCACGGCGUGAGCAGCGCCCUGAAGCCCACCUGGAUCCCCUCGUCCGAGUCCAAAGAUGCCGAGGAAAACCUUUACUUCUCCCUCAGUCUGAUGACAGACGACUGGCAGUCCCCCCGUCCGUCUUCUCACUUCCUGCUGGGAGACAUGAUGAAGUUUGAAGUGGUCGUCAAACAGUUCCACCACACCCCGCUCAGGGUGGCGGUGGACAGCUGCGUGGCCACCGUGUCCAAGAACGUGGACACGGUCCCUCGAUACGCCUUCAUGGGCAACAACGGGUGCCUGUUCGACAGUCAGCUGACGGGAUCCAGCUCCCGCUUCCUGCCUCGCUCGCAGGACGACCGGCUGCGGUUUGAGAUGGAGGCCUUCAUGUUCCAGCAGGACAACAGAGGCGUGCUCUUCAUCACCUGCAACCUGAAGGCCACGCUGGCUUCUGCUGCUGUGGACUUCUCUAACAAGGCCUGCUCCUUCUCCAACAGGUGGAGCGAGUCGAGCGGCAUCCAUCAGGCUUGUUCUUGCUGCGACACUGACUGCCAGGAGACAGGAAGUCGCCGCCAACUGGCAGGAAGUCGGGGUCACAUGACCAGAACAGGUGCAGAAUGGGAGGAGGGGGCUGCUGUUGGACCAAUCACAGUGAAGGAAAGACCCCUGAGGAAAGUCAUGUGACCACGUUAAAGUACACCACUCCUGCAUUUGUUUGCUUUUACUUCAAAAUAAAACAGUUGUGAUUGUAAACUUCGA